AUGGGGCAGAAAAUGGUUGUCAAUAGCCUUCUGGAGUCUGCAUUUUACAAUGCGGGGAAUAUUUCGUCCAGUGAUCCUGCCCCAGGACUGUCUCUAAGAACGCUUCUGGAGACCUUCGUCCCAGGAUAUGGUCCCAUAUACAAGUUCGUACUCUUCGCUUUCGGCUUUGAUGUUACUGUCUUCGUCUCCCUGGGUGCUAUCCUCUGGUUCGGUGCUGGAUUCUUCCGCUCAGUAUGGGCUGCAGUCGGUGACCUAGUCUACAAUAACUGCAUGUCCGAAAUCACGAUUGAUAGAGUAGAUGACAUAUACGACUAUUCGUCUCGCAGACUUGUAGCAGAGACUCUUUCGAAAACCGUAUGGGAACUGGAUAGCGAGGACAUAGAAACAAAAGAGUCGAGAGGAGAAGGCAAGAAGUUGCAAAAUUUCGCUAACCAAGAAGCAAAAUCGGAACCUAGAUUUACUCCCGCUAUUGGAUCUCACAGUUUUUGGCACAAACGGAGAUAUUGCCAGUUGAGGAGGAAGGAGGUAGCUUUAUAUGACACGCUUACUGUCAAGGACAAGGAGGUCCUCACUCUUUCUUGUUUCGGACGAUCCGCAGAACCGAUUAAGGAACUGAUCCAGGACGCUAAAGAAUACUACUAUCGAAGACAAAACGUAAUGACUGUAGUCAGGCGCCCUGCGCCCAAGGAUAUGCGAAAAAACGGUAGAUGGGUCAAGAUAACAAAGCGUACAUGUCGUCCCAUGAAAACGGUAGUGCUAGAUAAAGAGAAGAAAGAUGAUAUCAUUAACGACAUUAACGAAUAUCUCACCCCUACUACUGCACGCUGGUACGCCAACCGGGGAAUUCCAUACCGUCGUGGGUACAUGUUCUACGGACCUCCUGGAACAGGGAAAACAUUACUCACCUUUGCGUUAGCAGGCCUUUUCGGCCUUGAUCUCUAUGUUGUUAGUCUACAAGACCCUACACUGACGGAAGAAGAGCUGAGCAUACUGUUCGCGAAUUUGCCAGCUAGUGAGAAUAACGAGAAGACAGCACCGGCAGACCAAUCGGGAAAUAACGACUUCAACGUUUCAGAUCUCACCAAAGCACUCAAGAAGGCCAACCAACUCUCAGAAGAAGAGAAGAAGAAGGGCAUUUCCUUGUCUGGACUCCUGAAUAUCAUUGAUGGAGUCGCAUCUCACGAAGGCCACGUCCUAAUAAUGACAACCAACCACCUAGAGAAACUCGACGACGCACUGAUUCGCCCAGGCCGCGUAGACAAGCAGGUCGAAUUUAAGAACACCACCGAGAAAGAAACUAAAGAAAUGUUUGAGAGAAUGUAUACCAAGGAUUUGCCGUAUACUAGCUCUAACACGAAGGGAAAGGAUCGACCCAUUUUUCUUGACUUGCUUCAUGCCCUCCACCCAGGCGUCUACCUCAUCUAG